UUGUGUUUACACGCAACAAUUCGAAGUGUGCAAACUCAACACUACUUUUAAGUUAUACAGUUUAACUCUCCGAUGGAGGAUGUCAAUGGGAAUUUACGGUCGUUUGUGGAAUGAAGAUCUGUGUCUGAUGACUUUCGCACUAGGGGAAGGACCCAUGACUCCAUCUUGUGACUUGUCUGGAUGAAGUGAAAUUAAACAUGAGUUUCAACGUGAAAUUGUGUAAAGUGUGAAUGAAUCCCCUGCCAUUAUUCGGCACGCCCAGCCAAUCAUGUUACGCUCCAAGCGCUCCCAAUGUAAGAGGGCGCUGUUCGUUGUACUAGCAGCAUGGUUGCUCUUCGUUUUCCUCCUCUCGUUUCCUGCAACACAAGACGCCAACUCUAGGGGAAUCAAACCUUGGAUACAGUGGGGAAAGGAUAGUUGGGAAAAGUUCAAGCUGUCCACUAGUUUUUCGACGUUUUUGUGUGACAGCUCUGGGACCAGAAAUCUUCAAAACUCAGCAAGCGGUUGCUACCUUAGCGAGAAACUCAGCUGCUCGAAGCUCCCUACUCUCCACUCCGCCUUUGUGGAGUCCACAAGAGAUGAAGUCGUUUUUGUAGGAGUCCGGAGCUAUGAAGAUGAUUGGGACGCAGAGAGGUACAUCUGUGAAUUUCCUAACGGCGAGAUGAGUAUCACUGAUCCUAUUGUAAAAGACUUUCUAAGUUUCGGUGGUUACCCGCAAUACCUCAUUAUCAUCACAUGCCCUGUGCCGCAUCACUUCAUGACCCAAGUCAAACAGCACACUAUUGGUCGGUUCAGAGUAAACUUUCGUCUGCUGUCCAAUCCGGAGUACGCUUACAUGGGCGUACCGGUUUGCCUCACUGAGAAAGAGCAGCGGUUUUUGAGUCUUUGCACUAUGGUCAAAGACAUGUCAAAGUUCAUCCCAGAUUGGAUGUAUUAUUACAAGAAACUUGGUGUUGAACAUGUCUAUAUCUACGACAAUGAUCCCAACGCAACGAUGUCAGGUGAUCUUGAAGGGUACAUUGAGUCUGGGUUCCUGACUAUCAUACCAUGGGCUCAUACACCGAGUCCAAAUAAGACUUACUUAGAAGUUCAAAUAGCUCAUGAAAAUGACUGUCUAUGGCGACACCGUCACAACACGCACUGGAUGUUAAAAGUAGACGUUGAUGAAUUCGUCCAACCCAUGGAUCCGGUCAGAACUAAGAUUACUGAUUAUCUACAAGAUCCGUACUUGAGUUCUUUAGGAACCGUUCGGAUUCGGAACUGGUUCUUUGGCAGGCCACCUUACGCCAAGAAAAAAGUUGUCGAAGCUAAAACUGUUUUCGAGAGGAACCCGUGGAGAACUCCAAGUGCUACGAAGGAGAACCGAGGACGCGACAAAUGCAUCAUUCGACCAAUCAACGUGCACUAUUUCAAAAUCCAUGGAGUUAAAGUUGGAAGUGACACUUUGACCCUUGACCCUGAGUCUGAGCUUAGACUCGUCCAUUACAGAAAGGACAACCCAAGACAUGAAGGAUUUCGAAUGCACCAGUUUGUAAAAGAUGAAAGCAUGAUCGACAUGUGGUCAGAGAUGACAGGUGGAAGGGUGGUAUCUCCUGAAUGGUUUACAUUGCACUAAAAUAAAAAAAGACUUUUGAAAAUUAAGCUCUUUAGACUUUCAUGGCUUCGGAACUAUUGU